CUAUGGGACCUGUCGUCAGGACAUCUUCUAACAACCUUCCUAUUUCCCACCGCUAUAACUGCUAUUGCGCUUGACCCUGCUGAAAGAAUGUUUUUUGCUGGUGGUAGGGAUAAUCUUAUUUAUCAGCCUGGAUUUGAGAUAUCAGCAGUAGGAGGUGUUGGUGUUGUUGAAGAUGUUGUAUCUGAACGUGAUGAUAAGAGAAACCUAAUAUUUAGAGGACAUAG